ACCAGUAAGCCGAGGAUGGAGCCUGAUUAUGUCAAUAAGGAAGCAGAUUCCCCCGACCAAUCAGAAUCCUGGAUUCUAAGCCUGCCCUCGGGCUGCUUAGAGCAGAGGAGCAGUUUGUGUAGCACAGACAGUACAGAGAGCAGUGGUUUGGCUGCCGUCAAUAUUCUAAAUAUGCAGAACUGUGAUUUAAUAACGUCGCAUCCAGAGCCUUGCAUCAUCCAGAUUUCACGCAGUUUAUCUUUCAGUGCAAGUCAUCGUCUUCACAGCAACUCUCUGAGUGAAGAAGAAAAUAAAAGAAUAUUUGGAAAAUGCAACAACCCAAAUGGCCACGGUCACAACUACAAAGCAAUUGUCACAGUCCGUGGAAAAAUUGACCCCAUAACUGGAAUGGUUAUGAACCUUACGGAUUUAAAACGGUACAUGGAGGAAUGCAUCACAGUUCCCCUGGACCAUAAAAAUGUGGAUAAAGACGUGCCUUACUUCAGAAAUGUUGUUAGUACUGUGGAAAACAUAACUGUGUUUAUUUGGGAGGAGCUGCAGAAGAGGCUUCCGGCAGGGCUGCUGUAUGAGGUGUGCGUGCAUGAGACAGACUCCAACAGUGCCGUGUACCGAGGGGAAUAAAAAGACAAAGCGCCUCUAGUCUAGUCUCAAUCAAUGUAAUGUGAUGAAAGUAUCCAAUGGAGACACCAACGUUUUAGGCUAAUGCUAGAUGUGACUGUUUCUUGGCUGGCAUAUAAAUACAGAGACAAUUGAUCUGCUUACCUCCACUCCGUGGUGUUACUGCAUCUAUAGGCAUGGCGUUGGCCUGGGGGCAGACACACGUGGAAAUAGGGAAAUGGAAAUAUCUGUAUGUUAACACACAGGCUGAUGCGGUGCCUAUGAAUGCAGUCUGUUUCUCGGUUUGCAUAUAAACAAUCACGUCACUGCCUUCAUCCAUUCCAGGUAAAGAACACAGUUCACAUAAGUAGCUUGAUAAAGGGCUGGAAUAGCCCGAAACGUCACUUUUGCUAAUGGCACGAAUAAACAAUUGAAUCACA